UAGUAGUAAUUGCGUAUAACAAAUACUUACAAAUCAAAAUAUUUACCUCUUCUACUUUGUGUUUUGUACCUUACAGUUUAUGGAAGUUCCGGCUUCAAUCAGAUGCAGCUCCUCCUCGUCCUCUUGCAUGCACCUCCACCAGCCUUACUGCAACUCCAAUGGGGAUGUGGAAGAGUUCCGCAUUCUAGGGCAUUCGCUGUGCUUAAAGCGGAAGAGAGAUAUUGACUCUUCUUCUUCUUCGACAAAGAGUUUUGAAGUUAUACAUUCGAAUGAGCUUGAAUCACGAAGAAAUGCUGUAAGGGAAUGGGGUAAUGAGGGACUGAGGGUAGCUGAUCCUGAAACAUUUGAGAUUAUGGAGAAGGAGAAACAAAGGCAAUACAAAGGCAUCGAGUUAAUUGCUUCAGAGAAUUUUGUGUGCAAGGCUGUAAUGGAGGCAUUAGGUAGCCAUUUAACAAACAAGUAUUCUGAAGGAAUGCCAGGGGCAAGGUAUUAUGGUGGGAAUCAGUUUAUAGAUGAAAUCGAGAUGCAUUGUUGUAAGCGUGCAUUGCUUGCUUUUGGACUUGAUCAAGACAAUUGGGGUGUCAACGUGCAGCCUUAUUCAUGCACCUCAGCUAACUUUGCUGUUUAUACUGGUUUGUUACUACCCGGUGAUCGGAUAAUGGGUUUGGAUACACCAUCUGGCGGAAACACUAGUCAUGGAUAUAAUCUUCCUAAUGGAAGGAAAGUUUCAGGGGCUUCAAUAUUUUUUGAGAGUUUGUCUUAUAAGGUUGACCCUCAAACUGGGUGUGUAGAUUUUGAUAAGCUUGAAAAAAGAGCUCUCGAUUUCCGGCCCAAGAUUCUUAUAUGUGGGGGGAGCUCAUAUCCCCGGGAAUGGGAUUAUGCUAAGUUUAGACAAAUUGCUGAUAAAUGUGGAGCAGUGUUAAUGUGUGACAUGGCACAGAUUAGUGGUCUUGUCGCCGCAAAGGAAUGUUUGAGUCCCUUUGACUAUUGUGACAUUGUUACCUCAACGACCCAUAAAAGUCUUCGAGGCCCUAGGGGAGGUAUUAUUUUCUUCAGGAAAGGUUCAAAGCCAAGGAAGAGAGGCAUGCUUUUGAAUCAAGGUGAUGGCAGUGAUAAAUAUGAUUUUGAGGAGAAGAUAAACUUUGCUGUUUUUCCUGCUCUGCAAGGUGGGCCACACAAUAACCAUAUCGCUGCCCUAGCUGUGGCAUUGAAACAAGUGGCUAGUCCUGAAUACAAGGCGUAUAUGCAACGAGUAAAGAGAAAUGCUCAGGCGUUAGCAGCUGCUUUAAUGAGAAGGAACUGUAGGCUGGUCACUGGAGGGACAGACAAUCACAUGAUACUGUGGGAUCUGACGAAUCUUAGGUUAACAGGUAAGAAUUUCGAAAAGGUCUGUGAGUUGUGUCACAUCACUGUCAACAAAGUGAUGAUCUUUGAUGAUAAUGGAAGUAUGACCCCAGGAGGUUUGAGGAUAGGGACCCCUGCUAUGACAACAAGAGGCUGCCAAGAGAAUGAUUUUGAAAUGAUAGCAGAUUUCCUCCUUAAAGCAGCACAGAUUGCUAGUUCAGUACAGAAAGAUCAUGGAAGGCUUGCAAAGGCUUUCUUGAAGGGCCUUGAGAACAACAAUGACAUUAUUGAGCUACGGACACGUGUUGAAAAUUUUGCUUCAUUGUUUGCAAUGCCUGGAUUUGAAGUAUAGUCAAGCUGGAGGAAUUCUGGCGGAGAACCACUUUCUUGUUUUUUGUCGACUGGCAACUCACUCUCAUUUCUUGUCUAAACAAUUUACUUGGACUACUAUAACGUCCAGUUGAGCCUUUUCCACUCCACCAACCUUACUCAAGACAUGCCAUUUCAGGUGACAUGACAAUUUGACAUUGGCCACACUUUUGAGUGUUUAGCUGAGGUUUUGGUACAGGAAAUAGCGUACCGCAGGAAGACAAGAUUCUUCUGUUUUAUUUAUUUUGGCAUAUUGUCCUAGUUCGGCAUAUUGUCCUAGUUCGUGCAUUAUCCUUCUUCGUACCUAUGGUACUACACAGCAAGUAUUAUUAUUGGAUUGAAGAUAUACAUAUUCUGUUA